AUGCACCGAUCGGGCCCCUUGCGUGCGUUGCGCGCGCCGCGCGGUGUGUCGCGCGUGCUGCUGCUCGUGCUCGUCCUGGUCUUCUGCGUCCUGCUCGCCGGCCAGGGAUGCGACGCUGCAACGGAGAAAUCCAGGAAGAAGGGGAAGAAACGGUCCGCGGGCGGCAAGGCGAAGGGGAGCAAAAGCGGGCAAGAGCAUGCGAAGAGGAGCGCCAAGAGGGCCGCUGAGGAGGCAUUCAAGAAGGCGAAGGGCCGCACCGCGCGCGAAAAGAUGGGCAACCUCAACUCGAACUUCGCGCAGGACGCGACGGACCGCAUCACGAACGACCUGGGCGAGAAGUGGAGCAAGAAGCUCUCCGGCGGCGACAUGUCUUUCGACGAGAUGAUGCACUUGCGGCGCGUCGUGGAUCAGAUGGGGCGGUACAACUCCGACCCGGAGUACCGCAAGCAGAUCGACGACCGCAUGGAGGACGACGAGGAGUUCGCGAAGGCGUACUGGGGUCCGUUGUACGACGACGUCAGGGGGGUGGGGGAGGGGCUGGGCGACGCGUUCACGGGCGCGAUCAACGAGAUGUACGAGGACGUGAACGAGGACAUGGAGGAGACGAGGAGGCGGACGGAGGAGAUGGUGAGGGAGGCGGAGCGCGAGGAGGCGCGGAAGAAGGCGGAGCGCGCCUUGGGGGGGGGUGAGGGGGAGCUGACGGAGGAGCAGCGGGCGGAGCUGGACGAGGUGCGGGCGGUGGAGGACGACGCGAAGCUGCAGGACGCGUACGAGCAGAUGCGGAGGGAGGAGCGCGAGCGGACGGAGGGCGCGGCGGCACACAGCGCGGACGAGUUCGGGCACGACGAGUUCUGA